AUGCAAAGCGAGGAAUAUUCCAUGUCUUUGCCAAGAAAGAGGGACUCGUUGAUGGGUUUUUCCGAGUUUUACCGGUCCGCCACUUUGAGACCUAAACGUAGGAAUGCCAGCACGGCCACUGUGAACAGACUCAGUGGUAAGAGUUGAGGAACAUAUAAAAAACAGUGAAAAUUGUUUAAACUUCAAAUGAAGUACAGAACUACUCCGAGACUUUUUUGAAAAAUGUUUUUAUAGUUUGAAGUUUUUCAGUGUCUUCAAUGAGCUCGCGGCUUUCAAUGCCACCUCAACAGGGUCCGGUGAUGAACAGACAACCUGCCAAAAAAGUCGCUCUACCUGUUGUCCCUGGGACAUCCACAUUCAAACAAGGUUCGGAAUCCCAAUUAGGCAUCUUAAAAAUGAUUUUACAGUGGAAAUGAACCGAAACUUGCGCACUCCAAUGAGCAGUUAUCGUUCUUCGUCUGGUAUGAGCGACGGUAGCAGCGAUAGUCAGAAUGGGAACAGGUGCUAACAUUUUUUUUUGAUAUCUUGAUUUUAAGGUAACAAUUUUCUCGUAGUUUCAGGAUUCACUACAACUAGUCAAAAGCAACAAAAUGUCAAAAUUUUGCUUUUCAAAGUUAUUCAUUGAAAAUACACUUGUACCAACUUUUACUCAAAUUUUGUCAAUAGCUCAUUUUUCCUUUCAGAAGGCUCAACUCCAGCAUGUCCCAAUCAACAUUUUCGGGCUAUGGAACCAACUUGGCAUCUCUUCUUGGAAUGAAAACGCAAGGUAUGUUUAGUGAAAUAUCCAUGUAUCUUUCUUUCCUAUCUUUUUUCAUUGGAAAACAAUCCUCAACUACUGUACGAUGAUAAUUGACCCUUUGGGUCUCUUUUCGCGGCGUCCAAGUAUAUCAAAAGAUCUGCCACGGUCAGCGAUCUGGCACGCAAAUAUCCGUUCGGCAAGCAUCAAAGGGAAUAAUUUCUGAUUAUAAAACCGCACCUUUUCAUUUUUCGCUCUAAUGAAAGUGUAUGGUAAUAUUACAGUUUCUGUUUGUAGUUUAUCCUGAAGUUUCUGUAAAAAUCUUUUUUUUUGACUCUGGUAUAGAGAAAAAUGUAGAAAUACUUCAAGUCGUUCAAACAAGACACUAGGAAAAAAUCUAUACCUUUGGUAACCACAUUCAAAAAAACCCUAUUCUGAUAGUAAAUCUAUCUUUGCUCGGAAAUAACUCAACUGAUGUUCAAGAAAUAUGUAUUAGUAUUUUUUAUAGAUUCUUUAUGAAAAAAAAAAUUUGAAGCUUAGAAUCUCAGCAUUUUUUACAUUGCUGCGAAGUAAAUAAAAAAAAAAUCAUAAAAAUCAAAGUGUAUUUAUUAGGCAGUUUCGAACAGCUGGAGAUGGCAUGAGAGACUUCGCUGAAGUCCUAUGCGCGCGACUGAGCUUGACUUGUAGCGUGGGACGGCAGCGUUGAAAUUCAGAAUGCGGUUGAUUGUCGCACAUGAAUUGUUUCGAAAUCGCCGAUUCAGGCCAUUUCGGCUUCCUUGUUCGAAUUUUAGUCUUUAUAUUCCACAAAAAUCACAAAAUAACGAGUUUUUGAGUUUUCAUCACUCCUUGAAAAAUAUUUUUUUGAGCUCGUUAUUUAAACAUCAAAUGAAUGAAGCCCAGAAUCCAUUUUCUUCAAGCACAUUUUUCGAUCAAACAUUGUUAAAAAAAGUUCAAAAAAACUCCUUUCUAUUUUGUUCUAGUCGCACUUGCAAGUUUUUUUAUUCAGAAAAAAACAAACAGCUAUUUGUUUCAAAAAAAAUUUUUUUAACAAGUUGAGAGUUUAUGAGCAUCUUCCCUGAUUUUUUUGUAUUAUAAAAAAAUUUUUCCGGUCCGCCUCAAAGAAUAUAGAAGUCAUGAAAACUAAUCUGGAGAAAAGUGCAGAUUUCGAGAGAAAAUUUCAUGAGAGAGCGGCUUUUUCGCUUGGUAGGCUGGUUUUGCAUGUGCCACACAUAGUAUGAUGCGCGUAAUGACGUGCGGCGCGCGAAAUCAGGCAGAUGUCGGCCGCAAAAGCUUCUUGGCAACCUUUCAAAACAAAAGAAAUUCGCGCGCUCAGCUAGCCUUUUUGUGAGAAGCGGUUCCCGUUUCCAGCUUUUCAUGCCGUCUUUUACAAUCGUCGGUCCAGAUCGGCCAGAUGUCGUGGCUCAUAACAGAUCCCAUUCCGAUCGGAUUCUCGCUCUCUCUGCACUUUUUGCCCUGACCACUGCUUUUUUCCCCGUUUUUCCAGUCUUUGAAUUUUUUUUCAGUGCUUUUUCUGAUCAAAGGCCUUUUUUUUAAUUUGGCGAAAAUUUUCGAUGAAGGUUUUUUUUUCUGCAUUUUUGGACACGUUCGCUUCCCCAUAUCUGAAAAAAAAAACUACGGGAAGGAUUAAAUGUUGAAAUCAGCUCGUGCGUAAAUUGUUCUGUUUUUGAAUGUCUGAGCAAUUUAGUCAUUAUCCGAAAAAACCCCUUGCCUUAAAAAAAAUCUUGUUUUUGAAGGGAAGUCUUUAAGAGACGCAUAAAACGAUUCUGAGAGCUCAAGUAUCUUUUUUUAGAAAUCAUUAUUACUCUCUUUUUUUCUGUAAAGUUUGACUAUAAUAAAAAAAUUUUAAACUUUUUAAUGUUUGGCAAUUGGAACUUCUAUGAUAAUCUUUUUUUGGAUUUAUCUUCAAAAUGUUCCAGAAAAGUUUAAAAUUAUAAGCCCAAGGACCAAAAUUAACAUUCGGCAUUUUUUUGAUACAACAGAUUUUUCAAGAUGUACUAUGCGAAGGUGCGGGAAGGCGUCAGGUCGCCCAGCUCUGCUCAGGUUACCUUUAGAGCUUGCCUUCGCUGCACAGGAGCCGGAUUUCCUUCCAAUUGUUGCAAUGUGCUCCAGCUCGUGUUCCAGCAUCUCAUGUUGUUUCGUUCUUUCCCAUUCAUUAGGCGCUUUCCUCAGGUCGGAUAAAAUUUCUUCUGUUUUUUGCUGCUGGUAAGAGGAAAAACGUUUCUUUUCUGGUUUCACGUGCUCAGCUUUAGUUUAGCUAGGACUUGGAAAUGCAAACUUUUUCUAUACUAGGCUUAGAAAAUAAUUUAUUAUUCAGCUAUACUAAAAUUUUAACACGCUAGUGACCAGUCCAAGCUGGAAGUUUUUCUUAUUUUUUUCGCUUUAUUAUUUGCAAAAAAAGGAAAAAUUUCUAAGCUAUGAGUUUAAAUUUUUCUUCUCGAGUUUAAAACUAUGAAGAUUUUUUUGCUGUAGCUGUAGUUACUUCAAAAAUUCACAUCUUGCGAGCUUCUCUAAAUUUAAAGAAAGCAGUUUUUCGUGCUCAAUCGUUCAAGCCUAAUUUUUUAUCAAAAAAAAACAGAAAGUAGGGAGAUUUGAUCUGGAAAAUUUUUUGAAGUAGAUUCAGAAUAUCGCUUGAUAUUGUUCGAUCACCUAAUCUCCCUAAUGAAAACUGUUUCCGUCUUGAUUUUUUUUUGAGAUCAGAUUAAAACCAAAGUUCUCCCACUAAUUGAUCAUACCGGUAACUGGAAAAGGCGCAAAAAAGAUCAAUCAAGCUUUUUCUUCCAAUCUUCCAAUUGUAAUGAUGCCGAGCCAAAAUUAUUCAUGCGCGGCGGGGGUGCGCCCACGGGUCAACAAUAUUCAAGCCAGAAUUCGAUUGACUGGAAGGAACGUGUGGUUGGACGCUUGGGAAAUAUUAGGAGCGUUGCGAUGAAAGGCGGCUUGGCGUCGUCGUUUCGAGCUUGCGGAAGCAUCAAGUAUGCAUGCGGCAAGGCGACUUCCUUUCCGAACACCUUGAGUUUCAUCCUGAUGUCUGCCUUCACUGCUUUAGUGUAACUCUUACGAGAAAAUUUUUCCGGGUCCUAGUUGAAAAAAAUGAUCAUAUACGAAUUUAUUUUCGCUUUAAUUUGCUUAUUUUUUUCAAAUUUUUAUCAGGACUUCACAAAGAAAUUUUUUUCUUUCAUUUCCAACUAAGAAGUAUAUCUUCACGCAGGUAAGUUGGGAAGCUUCUGCUUUCAGUUACUCGUAAGACGCUUGGAAUUUUUCCAGAAUGUGGUCAAAUUCCUGCCACAUAUCUUUCCAACUCCUCUGGAAGGCUUCUGACAGGCGUUUUUAUUUUUUACGUUCCAAAAGCCUUCCAACCUUCUUCCGAACACCUCCCUAGGCUUUUCAAAACCUGAUUGAUACGCCUUUUUGACCGUCUCAUUUUUUCAAAAAAAAUAUUUUGUAUGGUAUCCUGUCUACCAGCUUCAGUAAUGUGAGACCCAUUUUGAAUAGUUUAGACAAAUUCUCCAAAUUUUGUCGCUUUUUUCCUAUUCCUCCGUUAAACCAUUCCAUAAUUUUUCGAAAAAAAGUCAGCAGGCCUGUCAUUCGCAGAUUCCUCAACAUUUACUCUUCUUUUUGAAACUAGCAAAAAAUGCAAGUCAGCUCGUAAUUGGCGCCCUUAAUUGCUCUUAUUCGCUUCCCGCAGUUUUUGCACCUUUCUUCGACUUUUCCAAUUUGAUAAAGGCUUGUUCUGCUUGCCUGCCCGCAUCCAUUUGGGUGAAAUUGGCGUCAAAAACAAACAGACAUGAAAAGAAGCCCUUUAACAUGCGUAGAAAAAGCAUGCGAAAUGGACUUUUUUUCCGUAUGGGAUAACGAUUUCGGCGCUCAUUUUUUAUAAUACGCGGUGUUUUUCCUCUCUCCAAAUUGGCCCUUCUACGUUUCCCAUAGGUUGGACACAUGUAUACUCACUAGGAAUAAUAUCUCCAAAUUCAUUGAGGGCUUUUCUCGCUUUUCGUUGACUUUAUUUUCGGAAGUUUUCAAUAUCCUAAACAGAAUUUGAUGAAAGUUUUUUUCGAUUUUUAAUUUUCUUCAUAACGAACUGAAAAGCACAUGGAUCCUCUGGAAUUUACCGAGAAAUAACCAGCGCGGCCACUCAAACUAGCUUUGGGUGAUUUUCUCGCCGUUUUGCCUCACUUAUGGGUCUGAUUCGAUUUGCUGCAUCAAACGUGAGCGCAAGCUCUUUUUUGAGCGCUCCCGUGUGCUUUCAAAUCCGCUUUUCAGACUUUCAAUGUUCCUUUUUACUUGACGUUCAAUUCUUUUGUCCCUUUUUGAUGUCUCUUAAUUCGAUCAAUAAUGCGGAUAUGAAAUUCUCUCAGAGAAUGAAUCUUCGAAAUAUCUUCUGACGUUUGCUUUGGCUCGAAAAAUUAGGCUCGGAAGUCUCUUUCUUCCUAUCGCAAGCUGUUUUUUUUCCUGAAGAAUGCUCAAUACAUUUUUGAGUGAAUAAAAAAACGUUUUCAGCUAUGACAACGUUCCCAUCGACAUCAACACUUCCGUUGACAUCGACGACGUCUCCGUCGGACUCUCAUCGUAUUUCAACAGGCUCAAACUCGAGCUAUGGGAGUUCCGGCUUCGAGAGCAUGAAAGUGAGUUUGCUGUUUCUUUUCAACCUAAACUUUCUGAAUACAGUGCUCUGCCUCCGCGUCUUCAUCUUCGUCUUCUUUCCAUCACGGAGGUGUCUCGGACGCCACUCCCAGCAGGACUAGCGUACAUUCUAGCGGAAGCGCUGGAAGGUUGGAAUAUUUCCAAAUAUACUUUUUAUUGUUCAUUUUCAGCGGUUCUUCAUCCUUAGCUUCCACGUCGGCCCACACAUUGGAUGAAUCUUUCCAUUCUUCAUCUUUCGUCAGCAUCAAUGUGACUGGAAUGGUAGCCAACGGAGUGCCAGAAGCUGAAAUUCUUGCGAAUUGGCUAGACAGCUUGAAUAUGAGCGAAUAUCUGAGCAUGUUUCUCAAACAAGGCUACGAUUUAUCUUCCAUCGGUGGGUUUUUGAUCAAAAAGCUCAGAGAAAAAACCACUUUGAUUCCGAAAUUCAACUUUAAAAAUGUCUCAAUUGCAGCUCGAAUCACGCCAGAAGACCUGCUGAGCCUAGGCGUGAAAAACCCCGAACAUAGGCGCAGAUUGAUGGAUGAGAUCCAUUCUUGGCAGAUCACCGACAGUUGGCCAUCUGUGAUCCCGCCGAGCGGCCUCAGGUUCGUUAUUUUAACGAGUAUGGGUCUCUUCCUGAGCUUUUUCGGGGUUAUUAACUUUUCGAGUUUCAGAGAAUGGCUUGCGGCGAUUUCCUUGAGCGAAUAUGUCGCAGUCUUCGAAAGCCAAGGCUACGACACAGUGCAAGAUGUUCUGAAUCUCACGUGGGAGGAUUUAGAAGAUAUCGGCGUGAAACGUCUGGGUCAUCUCAAAAAGACUGGGUCUGGCCGUCAAGAAAAUUAAGGUUUGAAAAAAUUGCAACUACUCUGCAGAAAGUAUUAAAACGUAGAAAGAGCCGCUUCAUUUUUUCUUUGCAUGAAAUAGUGGAUUUCUUUAUCAGAUAUCAAUAUUUCUCACCAUCUCUCAUGUUCAAUUCAUCUCACUAUAUCAAAAAAAUGUAUAGAUUAUCUAUGACAUUAGUUGUAUUUUUUGUUCUGUAAAGUUUUCCGACUUUCUAAAUUUUUGAUGCUCAGAAGCUGAAGUUUGACAGAAUUCGAUUAUAGGACCACCGCCGAGGAAUGUCGACUCUCGAGUGCAUCACGGCCGUUCCGAGCCAAACGAGCCACGGCGCAGUCCAAGUUCCUUCGCCUUUGAUGCCCGCGAGGACGUUCGAGCGCGGAGUUCAAAGCCCACGGUUUGAAACUUCUCAUUUUUUAAAACCAUUUAAAUGUUCAGAAUGAAUGAUCCUCCGCCUCCAGCGCCAUCAAGCUUUUAUCAACCAAAGACUGAUUUGCAUGACAAAAUUGAUUAUAUCAGUUACACGCGAGGUUCAAAGGUCUGUGAGAAUUAAAAUGAAUUUUGAUGGAGGAUUUGAAUAAUGAGUUCAGGUUGCCCCAGUUCCUCCCGCGAGACAACAGACUCAGUUCGAGAAGCUCGCCGGGAAUCGCACAGUUAUCGAUCCACUCUUCAAGGAAGUUAGUAGAGCCGCCAAUAGAAGUUUUUUUUGGAAAAUGUGAAAAAAACCUCUUGAAAAAAAAUUUACACAUUUUAAUUACUAAAAUGUUUCAAGAUACCAUGAAAAUUCCGAAACUUUGAUGAAAAAAAAUGAUGAAAAACAGAGCCAAAAAUAUUGGGAUUCUAGGAAAACACGAGAAUCCCUUUUGUGUAUAGGAAUAUCAAAGAUAAAUUGAAGUAUUUUAUGAAAGAAAACUUUGGUAUGAGUCCAUGAUCUCAAUUAAAUUUUCAGGAAGAGCCGAUCCGUCUGAACCUUGUUCAAGCUGGGAAAAUCCUCAGUGAUCUGAGCAGAGAAGAAAAGAAGAAAGAGCGCGAGUUUCCGUCUUCGUUCGACUUUGACGGUUGUCCUCCACCUCCAGGUACUUUUUUAUUUCAAAAAAUGAGCGAUUCCAUUUCUGAAGUUUGCAUACAUCCCUGUUUCAGCUCCAUUGUUCUGCGACUCGAGUUCUCUGCGAAUGUUACAAGGACCUUUCCGGUCUUCCCUCUGCAGCAAUGACUCCGGCACCAGCAUCGACCAACUGCCUUUUGCCAAUGAAAAUUGUGGAACUAUCAAGUGGGUCUUGAUGAAAUCAGCAUUUUCUAAUUUUUUUCUGUUUUCAGAGCCCGUGAGCCCGUGAGAGCGCCUGAACCAGCAAUGAUUGCUCCAGGAGUACAAGUUCCGACAGAAGCCUCCAGGAAUUCAGGGUGAGUUUCGUUUGAAAGUCGUCAGGAAUUUGUGAAUCUUUUCCAGAUGAGAGUUUAAAAUCAUGAUUUCAGAGAGAAGCCGCCGAUGCAGCGACAGCCUUCCACGACGAACGGCAACGUGCUGACGGACAUCGGCUUCAUGCUGCAGAACUUGACGGACGAACUCGAUGCCAUGCUUUUUUCAAAGCAACCGAACUCCCAACCGAACUCUUUUCCUAAAAAUUAA